UCGAGUUUUAUUGGAAUCAAGAGAAGGAGUUCCGAGUGGCGAAUGUGAGCUUGGAACGUCCUCGAAGGCGCGUGUGUGUGUGUGUGUGCGCAGCGACACGGUUAGCAUCCACGCACGCACGCACGCACGCACGCACGCACGCUGCUGCUGCGACGUCGCUGAGGGUUUGGCAUUGCGUUGCUGCAUCACGCGCGUUGCUACAGUUGGCGUUUGCUGUGUACACUGUCAGCUGUUCUGGAGCUCCCACCCGAGCUUCCGGUUUCACGAUGCGUGCGCCACGCCGAUUUGGGAGCAGUGAAAAGGUGGCCAUUAGCACUCGGAGCCCAGCGCAUUUGGAGCCCCGCAUACCCCGAUAAUCGUGCCCGUUUGGGACUUAUUAAGACAGGAGAAAUGUUUGUUUGCUUGUUUGUUUCCCAAAUCCAAUAUAGUAUAUUAGUCGUGCCGACUCAAUAAGAGCCCCCAAAACAAACAAACAAACAAACAAAAGACAGCCUACACCAACAAAGUUACACAACAGAUUAAUGAAUGCCCACUCUACACAAGCAAGAGUCAUUUUUCACCCUUAGGCGGGGGUCCACCUCCCGCCGAAGACCCGCGCCCUUAGAAAUAGCCACGAUCCCCUCCAAAAGUAUUGGAACGGCAAGGUGAAUUGCCUCGUUUUUGUUGCAUCAUGAAAACAUUUGGGUUUCACAUCAAACCAGGAAUAUAAGACGAGUUCAGAAUUGCAGCUUUUAUUUCAUGGCAUUUCCAUCAAGAUGUGUUCAACAACGCAGGACAGAGCACCUUUUCUUUGAACCCACUCACUUUUCAAUUGAGCAGAAGUAUUGGAACAUAUGGCCCAUGGGGUUUCCAGUUCCUCAGGUGUUGCCUUUUACAUUGGCUAAUGCUUAUUUUUGGCUUUGGGUUCCACCUGUGAAAACCGCAUUGGCUGUAAAGCAAACACGAAGACCAGAGAGCUGUCUAUGGGAGAAAAGCAAAUCAUUUGGAAGCUGAACGAAGAGGGAAAAUCGAUCAGAGCCAUUGCACAAACAUUGGGCAUAGCGCACACAACAAUUUGGAAUGUCCUGAAGAAAAAAAAGAAACUACUGGCGUACUGUGCAACCGGCAUCGAACAGGUCGGCCAAGGCUAUCAACAGCAGUUGACGACAGAAACAUUGUGAGAGCUGUGAACAAACACCCAAAGACAACGGUCAGUGACAUCGAUGAAUUGGAUUGGAUGAAGUGGAUUUUGCUAAGUACAGAGAUGAGCCGCAAACAUUUUGGGAAGUUUUAUGGACUGAUGAGACCAAGAUUAACCUCCACCAAAGUAAUGGAAAGGCCAAAGUAUGGAGAAAGAAAGGAUCUGCUUAUGAUCCAAAACACAGAAGCUCAUCUGUGAAGCAUGGUGGAGUUAAUGUCAUGGCUUGGGCUUGCAUGGCUGCUUCUGGAACGGGCUCACUAGUCCUUAUUGAUGGUGGCAGCAGAAGGAAUUCUGAAGUCUACAAAACCAUUUUGUCUGGCAGUUUCCAGAAAAAAUGCCUCAAAACUAAUCGGGAGAAGCUUCAAGCUUUCAUGCAACAAGAAAAGGACCCAAAACACACAGCCAACAUAGCGAAGGACUUCAUCACGGGGGGGAAAGUGGAAGGUCUGAAGCCUUCUUUAUACCGACCGCGCUGACGUCACUGCGGCUGUCCCGCGCGUAGUUUGCCUUUAUACUUUUUAAAAAUGUACUGCAGUUCACCUUCACGUCGGCGGUGUCACUACGGCCGGUAUUGGCUAGGACACCACAGGGGGGAGUUUCCUCUGCAUUUUUUUGGGGGGCCAUUUCCGGUAGCCGUUUUUACUUUCCUUUCAGUAACAAGGAACAAAGCAACAACAAUGGCGACCGUGGAACAGUGUCUGCUAGAACAAAUGGACCUCGAUGACCAGAUGAUAUGUUUAGUUAUGCCGCAAAAUCGAUCGAAAAGGCGGCGGCGUAGAUUGUAUGUACAACCAAAGGGCACGCUGAGUACAUCAUCACAGCAUGUGACUAAAACGGACCAAACACGAGAGACGAUCUCCGUGGCGUCGUACGCGCAGCAACAAUUUUUGCCUUGUGCGCGUCAAGCUACGCAGAGGGGCCACGCGGGCGGGCCAAUUCGUCGGUCACGUGAUGCAGUGCGGGCGCUCGCGCGGGAGUAUAAAUUGGCCUUUACACUGGACAAGUCGAUCACCGGACCUUAAUCCUGAAGAGGAGACUGAAGGGAGAAACCCCCAGAAACGAACGAGAACUGAAAGAGGCUGCAGUAAAGGCCUGGUAAAGCAUUUUAAAUGAAGAAUGCGACAGUCUGCUGAAGUCAAUGGUCGUGACCCCGGGAUGUACAGCAAGAUAGUCUUCCGCCAGGACGCCGGCGGCAGCCGCCAAGUCCAGGGGCCGGUGGCAGCGCACCCUCUUCGACGUACCUGUCGGAAGGCCCUCGACAAACCGCUCCAGCACUAUCAUCUCCAGCAUUCGCCUUUCUCUAGUGGAUGCAGCCACCUGGUUGCCGCUUCCCUUCAUUGUUGUGCAAGUUGAAGGUCUCGACGGUUGACACAAGGCAGCUGGACAGCGUGAGGGGCAGCUGUGGCGAAGGAUGCCUCCUGAGGUCCACGAUUAUCUCUACAGUCUUGAGCGUGUUCAGCUCCAGGUUGCGUCGGCCGCAACACAGCUCCAGCCGCUCCGCUUCCUGUCGAUACGCAGACUCGUCACCCUCCUUGAUGAGGCCGAUGACGGUGGUGUCAUCUGAAAACGUCAGGAGUUUGACAGCUGGGUGCGUUGAGGUGCAGUCGUUCGUGUAGAGAGAGAAGAGCAGAGCGAGAGAGGACACAACCUCGGGGCGCCCCAGUGCUGAUGCUGCGGGUGGAUGAGGUGGCCUCCCCUAGCCUCACCUGCUGUGUCCUGCAUGUCAGGAAGUUGUAAAUCCACUGACAGGUGACAGGCGAGAAGCUUGGAGGAAAGGAGUUCGGGGUUGAUGGUGUUGAACGCUGAGCUGAAGUCCACGAACAGGAUCCUCGCGUAGGUCCCUGCACUGUCGAGAUGUUCUAGGAUGAAGUGCAGUCCCAUGUUGACCCAUCAUCCGCAGACCUGUUCUCUCGGUAGGCAAACUGCAGGGGGUCCAGCGGGGGACCUGUGAUGCUCUUGAGGUGGUCCAGCACGAGACGUUCAAAGGACUUGAUGACCACAGAUGUCAAGUCGACAGGCCUGUAGUCAUUCAGACCCGAGAUUUUAGAUCAAUGAAUGAGCUUGGCUUAUGCAUGAAGUCCACUCUGUAAACUUAACCUUUGUUACUAGCAGCAUUGAUAUAUGCUUCCUGUCAGGUCCAUAGAUAUUGGGACAUGAACACAAUUGUCAUCUCUUUUGGCUAAAGCAUCACCACAAUGGAUUUGAAAUGAAAUUAACAAGAUGUGCUUGCUGCAGACUUUCAGCUUUAAUAUGAGGGUGUUACCAUCCAAAUCAGUUCAACAGUGUAGGAGUUUCAACAGUUUGUGUUUGCCUCCCACUUUUUAAAGGCUAGCUCCCUACUUGCUAGCAGCGCGUAUCCUUGGGUGGAGCAAAGUUUCCUUGUUAAUCAAAACACCUGUCAGUCAGUCACCUCAAACAUAGCGAUAUCACUUCCUUCCGAUAUACUUCUCGGAAAAACACAUCGCUUGGGCGGUCUCCGUUGGUAGAGGAAGGAGCGUCGUCGGCGGAGACGGCCAUGAGUGGGACGGGACGUCGCGCUGUGGCGCAGCCAAGCCGAGGAACCGGAGAUGUUGCAUUGGAGAAAGAAAGACGCGGAAGUACCAUCGUAAACUAACUGCUUCUCCCAGGUCUGUGUCUGUUCUUUCCAUCGCAAGAUCUCUGCUGACGCGCCCCAUGCAAUAUAUAUCACCGGAGGGCAUGCCGCAGUUGACGUGUCCGUGUCGCCAUCUUGGCUAAUUUGCUACUGCGCUGUGGCUCGACACCGUCGCCUAAUUGCUAAAUGUGGGGAAAAAAAGAAGAGUCGUGCAUGUUAUGAACCGAACGGAACGCAACACGUCGAACCGAACCAUUUUCCCGUUUUCAAGAACCAUCCAUACUCUUGACUCUUAAAGACGGUGUGGUAGAUAUUUGCAUUUCAUUCCUCCAUCUCGUCUUACAGCGUACUUUUGAAAGUGAGUUCUGUCAGUAGUGUCACGGUUGUGAUGGUCAUUGCGCCGACAAUGUCGCUGAUGCAUGUUUAGAGAAAUUUGGGGACUUUACAGUGUAGCCUGUAAAAACAUAAAUACAUUUACCUGAGUCGCUAUGCAGUUGAUGCAUUUUCAAAUGUAUUUAUUUCUUUUUGAAUAUGAUCAUUGAUCAUGAGUUGGAGUCAUACCCUCAUAGGGAUGGUGAUUUGGUGCGUGCAUUUUCUUUAUUCCAGGAUGUAAACUUUGUCAUGUAGUCUGGGAUAAGUCGUGCAGUUUUACAUCAGGGCCCCACUGGAAAGUUUGCUGACAGUGCACCGCUUCUGUCUGCAUUCAUGAGGACUAAAGCUGGAUAAUUUAGUGCAGGCAAACACAAACAGUCAGGAUUUUCCCCGGCUCUGAUUGGAGUUUCAGUGUUUGGCUCAGGGCUGCUGUGCUGAAGACCUGUUUUAUUUUUUUGCAGCUCAUUGUGAAUGAGUGACAUACUGUCUACUUAAUCUACUACACACAUUUCCACAGACGGCUUUAUCGUUGGCCGAACUAAAGUUAAACAAAAAUAAUAAAGAAAGAACACAUUGAGAACAUUCAAACGAGGAAUUUGCAUUUGACAAAAUAUUGUUGCUCAAAGUCAGGGGAGAGGAAUUUGUAUCUAAUACAAUUGUUCCAUUGAAUUUAAUUGUCAAUGGCACGAAAGAGUACAAACUAUUUCCAAUGAAAACUUGAUUCCAUAUGUUGACAUUACUUAACCCUGAGCAAUUAGCCAAUGAGUUUGUCCACAAAUUAGAAAACAAUUCUCAGGUGUCCUCACAACAAUGUCUGUGACGUGCUUUCAUCCAAAAAGGGUUAAGAAUGUCAUCACACUUUACCCCAUAAUUGUAGAGCUCUGGGGAAUCCUGUUUUUGUUUUGAGCAGGCGAUGUCGUCUCCUCCCGGAUGACCGAGCUUCUCACCCUAUCUCUAAGGGAGAGCGCCUCCAACUACCGGAGACAACAUUUUUGGGACAUACUUGGCAAAUUCUGAAAAUGAUUCUGAAAGGGUUGCCGUCGUCGUGUAAACUUGGUUCUCGAUUGCAGAGGUCAAUAUCUUUGACUCAAACACACAGUAGGAAUCUUGAUAUGGAGAACAUUCAAUGUGAAACUACAAGGAAAUUGGGGACAAAUGCAAAGGGAGCUGAAUACGUAAUAAAAGACAAGAAAACAUCAGUAAAAUAUCGAGUGAAUGGCUGAAUUCGAUGAUUUGAUAGCUACCUGCGAGAACCAAUGUGAAUGGCAGGACACAUUGACCAUCGGUAAUAAAUACGCACGCUUCAAUUCUGCGCCAAGCGGCAUCGGGUCUUUUCUUAGCCGAUGCGCCGCUCCUGCAGCUGGGAAAGCCUGUGAGCCUGACUGCUUAGCUAGCAGCUGAUGGACGGCGGAUUUCAGCAUUUUACGUAGCGGGAGAAAAACUAAACCGUGAAUACGUUUCACGCAUGGCAGAAUGAGCGCGCUCGCUUUAACGUUUACCAAUAAGGGGUUUGGACUUUUGAUGCAGGCGAUUUUGAUUCGCCAGUGUGGCGAAUGUGGGCAAUAUUCGCUGCGCCACAUCCUGUUUUAAUGAACCAUCGGCGAGGUGGCGAACGGGCACGCCGAACCCUGGUAUCGUAUUGAAGUAAACAUUUUGGUAUCGUGACACCACCACUUGGUACCCAUCUAUUGAUAGAUGUGUGAAUUUAUGACAAUCUAGCUAUUGUCUUGUCAUGUUUUGAAACAGGGCAAAAAGAAAUUCAUCAUUCUAAGGAGACAGAUGCCACUACUAGACCAUCCUCGGGCUCUGUUAAAUAUACAGUAUGUUCACAGCAAUGUUAGAUAAUAUAUUAUUAUGUAAAACAGAUUUUCUCAGCAGCAUCUGCUCUUGAUGGCGUCGUCCAUACUUUAUUCACACAGCUGCAGCUAGGAUUUAGUCAUGAAUGUUUUCAUAAGGUUGGAUUUUAAGGUUGGAGGAAGUACAACAUUGUUACAUGUAACUUUCACAUAAAAUAAGUUUGCUAAAACUAGUUGAGUCUUUUUGUUGCGGAAAAAGCAAGACAAAAUGCCCAUGACUAAUACUUUGUAAACAAACUAGACGACACAGACUGCAGCACCACAAGAAUUAAAAUUGAACGCAUACAAGUACUGUGGAUUAGCACAAUAGAUGAUGGGGUGAUCUGCUUUGUGUGUGUGUGAGAGAGAGAGAGAGAGAGAAGAGAAGAGAUGAGCGUGGGCUUCAGCGGAUUAUCAGAGUGGAAUGAGGCGGGAGUCACAGCUUCAAAAACCACCACAUUCAGACACAUCCGGGAGAUGGGCUACAACUGUCGGUUCUUCGGGAAGCGUCUCAACUGGGCCAAGGAGAAGGAAGAUUGGACUGUUGGCCAAUACUGAGGAGAACUGACGGGAGAGAUGAAGCCAGGGUGUUGAGUGACAGAGGGGGGGGGGGGUUAGUUUUCCUUUAUUUCCCAUCCUCUGGUAUUUAUUGUUUUGUCCCAAUACUCAUCCAGACCACGCACGCACACAGACGGACAGACACACAAAGAAAUUCACACACCACUUCUUGUCUCUUCCACUGUGAGCUUGUUUUUGCUCAAUGUAUAGGUUGCCGGAAAUUCUAAACACCCUUUUGACCAGUUGAGACCCGUAAAAGUAAUUUUCAUUCGUUAUACAUAGCACCGAAGACGAAAAGCAAAAAUUCCUCUCUGAAAAUAUUACUUUGCAAAUAUAAGUCAAGUCUCACUGGUUCCUGUAGGUGAUGGUGAGGGAAAGGGUGUUUCUCUCUACCUAGGGGUGGUUUUCCACUUUGUGUCUUCAUGUUUUGGGGGUCCUUCAGUGCCCCCACCCUCUGUCAACCCCCCUGCUCCUGCUGCCACCACGGCCGGCCAUCCCAGCCACUUCGUUGCCAUGCCAACAGAGACACUUGCUCCAGCUCUGCCAGAUAGCAAGUCCACUGGCACUGCAACACCCUUCAGUUCCACUGUACCCCUCCGAAUCCUUAACAAGGGCCCAGACUACUUCAGGAGACAGGUUGAACCCAACCCAAAACGCCUCAGUGCUGUUGAGCGACUCGAAGCUGACAAAGCAAAGUAUGUUAAGAGUCAAGAGGUUAUCAACGCUAAACAGGAACCAAUCAAACCACCAAUUCUGGCCAAGCCUCCAAUUGUUCAUACCCUUCUUUCCAAAAGAACCUCUGGAGUAUGUGGUGGAGUACUCGGAGGUGGAGUACCUUUCAAACCUUCAAAUAACAACGCCAAGUCAGACACAUGUGCGACCAGCAGCAAACGGGAGAAUCUAAAUCUGGAGAUCCUAAAAAAUCUCCUGAACUCAUCAUCUUCUUCAGGAGCAGGCUCUGAAGGGCUCGUUGGUGGCGCUAAGAGUGCUGUGUUGAUGAGGUCAUCUGGGGGACUAACAAGGAGUUGGACACCAUCCAGGAUGCCAUUAACCUACCGAUCUACAAUAGCUCUGAAUGAGCAACCACAAGACUCGGCUCCCAGUCCAAGCACCUCACAUUCCUUGCGCUCAUUUUCCCAUUCCUUGAAGGUACCUCCAAUCAGCAGCGAUGGACGGUGCAGUCCGCAGCUGGUAGGAAACCUUAAUCUCAGCAGAGUACUGGCUGAAAGACGAGGUGAAGGAGUGGUUCCAGAAAGAUCACGGUCUCCACUACCACCACUACUGACUUCGCACUCCUCCUCCGACCUUCUGCGACUGUGCAACGGCAAACCACUUCGUACUGCUCGAUCGAGCAGCUCCUCAGCUCCACCGCUCCCCCCAAAACCAAACCCUGCCUCCCUCCCACCUCCUACCCUCUCAUUGUCAUUGCCUCCGCCUCGUCCAAAUGUAUCCCCGUCGCUCUGCAACAACACGACCCUUCAGUCGCUAUCAUGUGAUGUUGGAGAAGCUGCUAAUCCUUCAACAGAUCCCAACCUGGAGAUAGAGAUCGGUUCCUCUGUAGCACGGCGUUCCUCUCUACAUAGGUCGAAAUCAGACCUGUCGGACAGGUAUGCCCGGGCCGGAGCUGACGUAGAACGUUUUUUUAACUAUUGCGGCCUUGACCCUGAGGAGCUGGAGGCAGUUGGUCCAGAGAACUUCGCUCGGGCCAAUUCGGACAUUGUGAGCUUGAACUUCAGAUCGGCUUCGAUGAUUUCCUCUGACUGCGACCAGUCACGGCGGUCCUCAAACGAUGGCUUGUCAGAUGGCGACGAGGGAGACGACGAAGAGGCCGGAGAGCGAGUUCCUUAUGGCAUCUCUGCUGUGGAGCGCAAUGCGAGAGUUAUUAAAUGGCUGUACAGCAUCAAACAGGCGAGAGAGACGCAAAAGGUCUCGCAUGUCUAGGUAACACCCUCCAAUCGAACUUCCUGUUCUCACUGGUCGAAGACAGCUUCCAUGGACAGUUCUCAAAGCAAACACAAAUUACGGCAGGCAAAAGAAUAGAACUUGAACACUCACGAAAAGUGAGUUUUACAGGACAUUUAUGAAAAUGAACUAGUUCAUUAGGAAGUAUUUUGGAAGACUGUUUGAACCACACAAACAAUGUGACUGCCUCAUGACAAUGAGCUACUGACCUAGCAUAGAGGGCAAUCCUUCAAUUUCCAGCUCAUGUGAGCGCGGCUCGCUUUGAGUCCUCUGAGUCGUAACCCGCUUGCCAGUUCAGCUGUUUAAAUAGGUCAGGUGAAAAGAGGCACAAUCAAACCAAGAGAAACUCAAAAUUGGACUACCAUGGCUACUUCAAAGACGUUACGGUCACACAAUAUACCAUAUGUCCUCAAAUAGUCGCCUUAACUCUAAUCGAUGUUUGAACGCCUCUCCACAAAGAGACCUUUUUUCUCUCUCUGGAAGAAAAUAACAGGUGGUGGUACAGUUUGGUUGGGUGGAUCACUGGUGACUGUUUUGAUGGGACACAAACAUUUCCAUCUUGAUGCCGUAUCCAUAUAUUUUGACAUCAUAGCAGCAGGACGUGUAACUCGCCACUGAAUUCUACGAUGAAGUCGGCCCAAACCACAAUCGCCAACAUCGUCAAAUCCUCUCUCCCGUCUAACCCGAUGCAUUUGAUUAAACAUCACUUUUAUUGUCCUCCCGUUCUGCAGUGUUCCAAAUUAGUCAUGUUAGUGCUUAAAACAGGGCGUUGUUGUUUACAAACCAGGCCGUGAGAAUUGUGUUAAAAAGAAAUCAAGCAGAAAACUACAACACGUGUGCAUGGUUUUACAGCUGUGCUUUCUCAACAUUGGUUCACACACUUUUCUGGCGAGUACGUUAAUCAAAACCGAAGGCGAGGAAAGAAGUCGAAAAGAUCUACAGUGUAACUGCACGGCAUUUUCGAGAGCCAGUAAUGAAAGGAUUCGCAAACAGAAAUGGAUACUGCGAGCCUAGCGAGUAGAUGGCUGCUACUUCUGGCUGUUGAGUAAAUAAACAACCCCCUUGUCCACUGUUUGAGGAAACAGUUAUUUAGCUCAAUAAAUAUGUUACAGCUCCCCAUGAGCAAUUGUUUAAUGCCAUUGUUGUGAACUCGAUCCCUUAAGUCGAAGCAGAGCCAUCUAUAUCAUCACCCUGGCUCCUCCUGUCAGGACAGAUCAAAAUUUGGUUGCGUUGUCAAUGUAUCACUGAAAUCAAACGCGAUAUUGACCUCUCAAAGUCAGUUAAGCAGGUGCGCCAGGUGACCAUAUUGAAUUCACUUUUUACUUUUGAAGGAAGGACGAACAACAACAAAUAGCAUUUCUCCGAAUGGGUCACAAUCGGCACUCUGAAGCAAUUUCGCUCGUGUCGGUAUUGGGAAGGAAGUCUGAUGCAGCUGCUGUUUCACUGAGUUUCAAUUUUCAUUAGGACGGCGGGAAGAAGAAAAUCAAGGUGAUUAUGGCAAACAGGACAGAAUCAAAUAUUGUUUCACUGACACUAGAAACAAAUAAAUGUACCUUCAUCUUCUUUAAGUCAUUAACAUUUCACAGGAUAGUUUAUAGGGUCAAUUUGUAUUGAUUGAGAAUCAGUAUUUGUUUUUUCUGAACCAAAUAUUCAAGAUACAGAAAUAUUAAGUUCCCAUAAUCAGUUCCCAUGCGUGUAUUCUUAUUCUUCUUAUUAUAAUUGAACUGUUUUGUGUUCUUGGAAGAUCGAAAAUGAUUCAUAUGAAAUACGUGCUGCUUCUGUCUCGGACCUUGUUGUGUGGUUCGGGCGCACCUGACAGCCCUCAAGCUACAAAAACAAUCGCUAUUCGGGGCAUGUCUGUCUGCUGAAUCCAGUUCCAAGUGAUGAUCACGAUGUCAAACCGAGAGGAAAUGAAUGUCAUUUGAAUUUGAAGCAUGUUUCAGCUGUAUCAUUGCACGCCAUUCACAGUGAUGUUAUUUCGACUAUUACUUUCAGUUUAAGCAACACUAAUAUCAUUUGUCUAUCCACUUACACGACAUGUCAUAAUGCAGUAGGACGAUUACAUGGGGACGACGACGUCGUCAUGUUGUCCCAGUGUUCUCCAACUCAUGUGUUUGUAGUAACGACAUCCUUGCAUCACGUAGAACGGUUUGCUACCUGCAAGGUGUUGUCGCUUCAGGUUCAGUCUCGUAAUCUCUGACUUCAUCUCUCUGUUUCCAUCUCCUGAUAAUCAGGGCUCCUAAUUGUACAUUAGCCACCAUGAAGCCCCCAUGCCCCGCCCCGCAAAGUUGACCUCUGCACAUGUACACUGACACCACCACACGCUGCACGCUCGGCGGUGUGACCUCCAUUUUCAUUCUGUUUCAGGGUGUCGCAUGAAAGCAACAUAUUAUUGCGUGGCAGACAACUACCAAAUGAUGAAGGAAAAGCGCCACCAUCAUCCAUGCAAGUCAUGGAUAGUUUGCUUGUUUGAAUAAAGAACAAAAGUUUAGUGGCUUUUCAAAAAUGAUUUUCAGUUGUUUUGAAAACUACCCAAGUAGUUUCAGCCAGAUGCUAAACGUGCCCACAAAAACAACCUUUUGGCUUUAGUUACAGACCAUCCCUUGGUAACAAUGGUUUGCACCGUGUGUGGUGGUGUGCCUCCCCCAGGGGACACGGGAGGAGGUGCAGUAGCUGCAGAAGAGGAAAAAAAAAGUUUGCAAACUCAAACCUGCUAAGCUAACCUUUUCGUGAUUUGUUUCUGCAUACAUUAUACAAUACAUGAAAUAUGUUGAACUGGUUCAAUGUCAGCCAUUUCAGAAAACGCAACGUUUAAAAGUGCUCGCCAUUUUAGAGCAUUUUUUUAAGACCCUCAGAAUAUCGUGUACUACAAUUUUAUAUACACACCGAAUCUACCAAACGAAAUAACAGAGGAAGUCUAUUGUUUCAUUGGGUAGAAGAGCAACGAUUCACAUGCCAGUUUAAGUGCCGAAAACCUUUGUAACUAAAUGUUACUUAUUGUAUUGCUAACAAAUGUCUCUUGUCACUGCACCAAGUCUGAUCGAAUGCAGGUGAGUUAAGUUCACCAUAAAACCGAAUUACAUAAAUUGGAGAAUCAUGUCUUAACUGUCCUCUGUGUGUGUUCCGAAGCUUAAACAUCUUCAAACUGAAUGUACACACAUUGCACAGAGAUGAUGAAAAGGUUUUUUGAGUCAUCUUAUUUUCUUGUGAAUAUUGCUGGUUACUUGUUUGUUGGUGAGGCCUCAGCUAUUUCCCGUUCGACGAGGGGAGGUUCACAGUCCCACACUUUGGAAACCUGUUUGAAAACUAAUAAGUAUCAGUAUUUCCGCGCUAUGGAGCUAUUUCUUCUCCAUUAUUCUAAAAGUGAAGGGAAGCCAGUCCAACUUUCUGCUGAAGUAGCUUAUGUGACUGUUCAAUACUCCUGUCCCGUCAUUAGUGUCUUAAAUGAAUCCAGAAAAGAAAAAUGCUGUCUCUCUGGUCAACGUUACGAAAACAGUAGUGUAUUGUUCUUGCAGUGUCGUCAUACGUUUCCAUCAGUUCUGUCGACAAGAUCUAUUCCGUUCUUAGAUUUGGAUUUGCCAAGUUCUUCUGUGGUACUUCUUUACAGUAUAUGUGGAAAUGAUGUCGGGGAAAAAAUGUAUAUUUGCUUUGGGGGAAAUCAGUGUGUUUUUUUUCCCCUUCUUCUUUGUUUCAAGGUUUUCAUUUCAGAAACGAGCAGCAUCGUUUGGUACCUGCAGUAACGAACUGCCUGAUCUAAUCUCGGCAAGAACCUUAAUGUCGACUGUGUUUUGCCGUGGAAACGUUCCAUUUUACUUGACAUUCAUGUUUAGGUUCUCUUUCAGAUUGUUCCAAUAAAUGGCUUUUUGCCAUUGACUGAC